AUGGAGUGGUCUAUCCAGGACCAUGGCCGAUCUUUGCUCUUCCACUCAACACGGGGCCUUGUAGAAGCUAGUUUGUACAACCUUCUGGCUGGCCCCCAGAAAAUGCCCGGGUUUCAAAUGAUUGUAGAGAUGAAAUCCCCUCCACUAGGCCUUUUACUGCCACAGGUUCUAGAUAGGAGGUAUCUCUCGGCUAUUGCCAUUCGAUCUCAUCUUCUGCUCAAGCUUGCUUCCAUAUUCCAUGACGUAACACGCAUCGACUCUAGCCGUUUGAAAAGGGCUCAAGGUCUUUUGGCUCAAGAAACAAGUCAAAAGCAGAAGCAGGCCGAAGUCGCGAACGGCAACGAAACUGAGCUUCUUUGCCAGCACUUAUGGGGACUCGUCAACACCAAAACCAAACUGCGUCCACUUCGAGGGCACAGUCUGCACAAACGAUGGGAACCGCCUAAGAAUCGAAACAAGUUCCUCGCAGCUUUAACCAUAUACAGCUCUACACAAGACAAUGAAGAAUCCAGUGGCACAAUUCCGGGAGGAGUGAAUCACAUCAUUGACGGCAGAAUGACGUCGGAGCCACUUAGAGACCCUCAUAGCUGUUAUACUUCGCCAGAUAUUGACUAUGACAAUCAGUACGGAAGUACUCUACUCGUGAAAGAAAGCUCAAAUUCUGCUAUCACCUCGACCCGAGAAUCUUUCGAACACCACUACGACGAACACCCCGUUCAGACCUUUAAUCGGGAGAAACUUAGGAACCAAGAGAUGUUCUCUCAUCAAGACGCCGUGGAAGAAGAUGUCUAUUCCCCACAGCCGUCAUUAGCCACUGAGUUGGACCAGCUGGUCCACGACCAAUGCUGUUGCUCAAUUUCGCCUUGUGACAGUAUCAAUACAACGAGCCCAGAGCCAGACACGAAUAUUGUCGACGAGCUCUUGAAUGAGUGGUGGAGCUUGCGGGCCAAUACGCAGAAAGAAAUAUAUAGUGACCAAAACCUGGUGCCAUUCGACAGCGCAGCAACUGAGAAGUGGGUGUUGGGACAGCUUUCACAUACAAUAGACUACAGUACGGUCACUGGUCCAAUAUCUGAAGAUUUCCAGAACUCCGACCCGCUCAUGGCUCUAGAUGAUGGACUUCCUGCAGAGAGCCCAAGCUAUGCAGACUUCAUCGCGGCGGAUGGCGAUCAUUUCCAUCACGUAAAUGAUGGAUUUUUGACAGAUGAGGUCGGUUUGAGCCUUCAACCUGUACAAGCCGAAAGCCUUCAACAACCCGACAUAAGAAUGGAAAACAGUUUCUCAGAUAUACCAUCAACUAUAACAUCAUGGUCGGACAGCAUCCAGGACAAUUCCGACCUCGACAACGUCGAACUGCUGCGUCGUCCAAAAACGUGGCUGGAGGAGUUCGAGGAUGAGGGCGUAACAGAACAUCUCGAGUACGGACAGGAGUAA